AUGGAUAUUUCACUAAAAGUGGACCACUAUGUUUACAAUAACAGACCAAUGUCAGCCACUGAAGCUGCAACAUAUUAUCACCAAGUAAUGUCGUAUCAAACUCUCUGUAAGCACGAUGAACGAUCACUUCAGGUAAUAGAAAAAUUGGCACGUCUUACUCAAGCUAUAAUAGCAGAACAAACUUGCAAUAAAGAAAAUAACGGCAACCCAUGGUCUAAUCCAGAUAAUGGCAGUGUAUCUCCCGUAUAUUCAUUGACCGAGGAUGAUAAAUACGAAUUGGGAACGAUCAAUAAUGUACAAAAUGAAAAUGAGAAAGAGCAUUUGCCUCAGUACGAACAAACCACCCAAUGCGACACAAUUUUGUUUCCAUGUGAAAAUGAAAUGCCAGCUUCAAUUGAUAUACAAAAUAUUAACAAACAACACGAUGGACAAGGUUAUAUUGAACAAGAGACGUUAGCGAUUGUCGACCUUACCGCUGAUGAAAAUUGUAACAGUAAUCACGACACCUGUAGUGAAUUAUGCUCUCAAAGUAUUUUAAAUCAGAUCGGCCCUGAAGCAGAAAAAUUACGGGAAAUUAAUUUAGAAGAAUGCGGUCAAGUUAUAGAUGAGGUUGACAGUGCCUUUCAUGAUUUGAUUAUAGUGCCACAGUCAAUAUUGGAAAACGAAAGAGAAAAGAAAACAAAGUCUCAUACAAUUGGCGAAAAAACUUUUGGAUAUAAUAAACUCGAAUUGUUGGUGUCGAAAAAUAAAGAUAUUUUAAACAUAGUACCACGAUCAAUACUAGAAAGUAACAGAGAAAAUAAAACAAAUAUUCAUACAAUCGCGGAGAAACCUAUUGGAUACAAUGCAGUUGGAUCGUUGGAAUCGAAAAAUAAUGAUCAUAAAUUGAUAAAAUCGGCACAGUCAAAAGAGACAGCCAAUAAGCGACCAAAAAGCAACCACAGUAAGCCUAUAAAACAAAGAAAACCACGUAAUAAACAUGUCGAUAAAGCAAAUAAGUCAAAACAAAGAAAAGGUAAGGCAGCUAAUUUACGGCCAACAAUGGAAACUGAGAGCGAUAACUCAAAUAAUAUUAAUUUUGAAACAGAUUUGUCUUGGAUAAACAAUAUAAAGUUUGUACGACAAAUACAAAAAGACGAAUACGUAACAUCAUUGACAAGCUUAGCGGAAUCACUGUGGGAAAACUGUUAUUUACCUAUAAGCUGGGAAGAUUUAGAUUCUUAA